GUACCUUUUAAUAUUUAUGAAGUUAUGACAGAAACUGUGGAAUAUUUUUAAAUUUACGCAAUGCAGAAAUUGGAACUGACAUUAGCUAUAAUAAAACCACAUGCAGUAUCGAACCCAGUAGUGCUAUCAUUCAUUAGAAACCUUUUGAAACACAAAUUUAUUGUUGUUAGAACGAAACGGGUUAAUUUAGACACAGAAACUGCUUGCCGUUUUUAUAAAGAACACUUCGGCAAAUUCUUCUAUAAUCGACUUGUAACCUUUAUGUCAAGUGGGAGUAUAGAUCUUCAUGUGUUGGGACAUGUGAAUGCAAUUGGUCUGUGGAGACAGAUGCUAGGUCCCACGAGCGUGUACAAGGGACAGUUUCAAGAGCCACACUGUCUGAGAGGCAUGUUUGGUAUAUCAGAUACUAGGAAUGUGGCACAUGGUUCAGAUUCACAUGAGUCAGCAGAGAGGGAGAUUAAGUUCUUUUUCCCUGAUUUUUCCUUCUACCACUGGCGCAACCAUGAUGAAGAAUGGUACCGAAAGGGCCCAAUCAUAUUCAAUGACCAUCACUUUCAACAUGUAAAGAGGCUUUAGAUAAUAUUAAUUAGUGACUAUGAAGCCUGGUGUGAUAAAUCAAAUAGAACAUUUUGCUUAAAUCAUCCUUUUGAAUGACAAGGUGGGCUAUGGCAGACAAAUCAACUACACUAUUGAAUUUGAAGUUUUCUGGUCAGCUGUAGCCAAAUAUUUUUCAUUUGUCACAUUAUAUAGCUGACCAUGGUAGGCAAAAGGUUAAUAAGGGCCUGUGCAGACAAGGACUUUAUAAGAAAAGGUCCACAGAAAUCUUGAGAAGUGUGAAUAAAAUUGUGAUAGAGAAACCUUUAAAUUAGCUUAGUGACAGGGCAACUGGCUGCUCUGCAAUGUGGCACUGGUUUCUACACAGAACCUGUGUG